AUGGUCGCGCCGCGGCCGGGACGCCCCCCGCCACCACCCCGGCACCGACCACCGUCCUCCGCACGGCCGGGAGCGCGGCCCGGCCCCGCUCCCGGCGACCCCUCCCCACCCCACCCUCCCGCCCUCCGCGGCGCCGGCCCGGCCCGGCCCCGGCCUCAGCCCCGACUCCUGCGGCCGGGCCUAGCGCCGCCGCCGCCGCCGCCGCCCCCCUCCGCGCUGCCCUCUCCCGGCUGCACCGCCCGCCGCUCCCUCCGCGCACGGCCCCGCCGAGCCAACGACGAGCCGGCUGGCGGAGCGCGGCGGCCGGCGGGGCGGGGCCGGUGCUGCGGGGCGGGGCAGCGCGGCCAACCGGAGCGCGAGUUGGGCCCUGCGGACCGGGGGGGUUGCGGGGCUGCGCGGCUGCGGAGCGGGGCGGGGCUGCCGGGCAUUGUGGGACGGUGGCGGAACAGGGUGCCCGGGGCGGGGCGGGGGCGGCGGCCGGGGCCUGGUAGCCACGGGGCUACCGGGGCCUUUGGGCUGCCGAGCGCGGAGCUGGGGCCGCGCUGCGCUCUCGCUCCCCCGCCGCCAGACCCCGCCGGGCCCUCGGGGCCGCUAGGACGGCGGCGCAGGGCGGGCCCGGGGCUUCGCGGCUCUUCCCGAGGACAGUCGCCAUCCGAGGGUGCCCCGCACCGCCUCGGCGGAGCCAUCCGGGCCCGGCCCUGCCCUGCUCGGGCUGCCCACGUCAGUCCUAAGCCCCGCGGUCUCUCUCCGCCACGGUGCAGAGGGGGGAGAACGGCCCGGCGGCUCCCGGUUCUGUCCGCUGCCCUCCCCCGGCUGUCCCACCGGAGCGGGGCAGGCACGGAACCCGUGGGUCAGGCGAUCCGAGUGCCACUUCCGAGCCCUUCGUCCAGACAGGUCUCACGGCUGCCUUCAGCUCCGCUGUCCCCGGUGCCGGUUCGGGGUCCCUCUUGCCCGGGGAGCCCCAUCCUGCAGCUGCUGUGCUUCGUCCGGGUCACGGCCGUGUGUUCAUCCCGCGUGUUCGUGGCCCGUGGGAGCCUCCCCAGCAGAGGAGCUGGACACACACCGGCCACUGGUUCAGUCUCUGCUUCACAUACAGAGGGAUUCAAAUGCUGCUUCUGGAAACCCAUCAGCCCAGGAGCUUCCUCAUAUUCAAAGGAUCAGUGGAUUCCCCUGGACUUCCUGACCAUGUUACAUCUUCAGACUUCCUGAUUAUCUCCCACCAGGGCCUCACAGGCUCCACCUGGAGCCAGAAACUUCUCUGGAAGCCCUGGAGCAGGCAAUGCCAUGUGUGUCCUCCUUGUACCUCAUCUGCACCAUCCCUUUUCUGCUUCCUGCAGGGAGUGUGAACCAUUCCUUGCUUUUUGGCUGGUAAAAAGGAUGAUA